AUUUUUAAAAAAAUUAAAAACAAAAAAAAAUAAAAACUAUAGAUCAGACCAAAAUCAGAGGCUCCUCCAAUUCUCCUUAUCCUUAUAGUCAACAAGCUUAAACAAAGGCAGAAGAUAACGGAUGCACCAUCUAUCAACACCCAAGUCACAAAGAGAGAGGGAAAAGCAAAGAUCAACGGGAAAAUGAAGCUCAAAGUUUAUGCAGAUCGAAUGUCCCAACCAACUCGCGCUGUCAUCAUCUUCUGCAAGGUGAAUAAUAUAGACUUUGAGGAGAUCAAAGUAGAUAUCUUUAAGCGUCAGAAUUUAACUCCUGAAUUCGAAGAAAUAAAUCCCAUGAAACUGUUGCCGGCCAUUGUUGAUGGAAGAUUUAAGUUGUUUGAGAGCCACGCCAUUCUUAUCUAUCUUGCUUGUGCAUUUCCUGGAGUUGCAGAUCAUUGGUAUCCAGCUGAUCUUUUCAAGAGAAGUAAGAUACACUCAGUGUUGGAUUGGCAUCACUCCAACUUACGCCAUGGGGCAGCCACGUAUGUUUUGAAUACUACACUCGCACCUGCGCUUGGUCGUCAAUUGAAUCCACAAGCAGCUGCUGAAGCUGAGAAACUUUUGUGCUCAUCUCUGUCGAAGAUAGAGUCCAUUUGGCUCAAGGGUAAUGGGCGUUUUUUGCUGGGUGGGAACCAACCAUCCAUAGCAGAUCUUAGCCUUGUCUGUGAAAUAAUGCAACUUGAGGUUUUGGAUGAGAACGAUCGCACUAGGUUAUUGGGCCCACACAAGAAAGUUCAGCAGUGGAUUGAGAAUACAAGAAAAGCUACACAACCUCACUUUGAUGAAGUGCAUGACAUCCUCAUGAAAGUCAAAGAGAAACUUCAAAUUCAGCGGUUAAAGGAAGCAAAUUAUGGUGGUGGAUCUGACAAGAAAAAGCUAUUGCAUCCAAGAAUGUGACUAGUGAAAACUGCAUUACUAGUAUUUAUCACCAGAUGUUUUGUUGUUUAAUCUUUUCUUGUCAAUAACAUAAUGGAUGAUAAGCAAUUAUUAGCUUCUAUAAAUAAUACACUUGUUUACUAUGGUUUAUACUGGCAGUCAUGUAAAAAGGUUUUUGUCAACUGUACUGCAGUAGCAGAUUCUCCUCUGUUAUUGUAUCAUUGUGUAAACAUUUAAACGUUCAUUCACCAAAGCUGUCUUGUUUGAGAG